CGGCGCCCAGCGCCAAUCGGCCCGGAGCGCAGCGCUUCCUCGGCGCGGGCCAAUGGGGCGGCGGCGGCGUGGUCACGUGACAGUGCUGCGGGUGCUGCUGCGCUGCUGGCGGGGGCGCGACCAUGCCAACAACACAGCAAUCUCCUCAGGAUGAACAGGAGAAACUCCUGGAUGAAGCCAUUCAGGCUGUGAAGGUGCAGUCUUUUCAGAUGAAGAGGUGCUUGGACAAAAACAAGCUCAUGGAUGCUCUGAAACACGCUUCCAACAUGCUUGGUGAGCUGCGGACUUCUAUGUUAUCUCCAAAGAGCUAUUAUGAGCUCUACAUGGCAAUUUCUGAUGAGCUGCACUACUUGGAAGUCUACCUGACAGAUGAAUUUGCCAAAGGACGGAAAGUGGCAGACCUCUAUGAGCUAGUACAAUAUGCUGGAAACAUCAUUCCAAGACUGUAUCUCCUGAUAACAGUAGGUGUUGUCUAUGUCAAGUCAUUUCCACAGUCCAGAAAAGAUAUUUUGAAAGACCUGGUAGAGAUGUGCCGUGGAGUGCAGCAUCCUCUUAGAGGCCUCUUCCUUAGAAACUAUCUCCUGCAGUGUACCAGGAAUAUCUUACCGGAUGAAGGAGAGCAAGCAGAUGAAGAAACCACUGGAGACAUCAGUGAUUCGAUGGAUUUUGUGCUGCUGAACUUUGCUGAGAUGAACAAACUUUGGGUGCGGAUGCAACACCAGGGCCAUAGUCGGGACAGAGAGAAAAGGGAGCGAGAAAGGCAGGAACUGAGAAUCCUAGUAGGAACAAAUCUGGUUCGACUCAGUCAGCUGGAAGGUGUUAAUGUGGAGCGCUAUAAGCAGAUUGUUCUGCCUGGAAUAUUGGAGCAAGUUGUAAACUGUAGAGAUGCUUUAGCUCAGGAGUACCUCAUGGAGUGCAUCAUACAGGUUUUCCCAGAUGAAUUUCACCUCCAAACCCUGAACCCAUUUCUCAGAGCCUGUGCUGAGCUGCACCAAAAUGUGAAUGUGAAAAAUAUUAUUAUUGCUUUAAUUGACAGGUUAGCUUUAUUUGCACAUCGUGAAGAUGGACCUGAUCCAGCAGAUAUCAAACUGUUUGACAUCUUUUCGCAGCAGGUUGCUACUGUUUAUACAGGUAUGGCCGGUGUGCUUGCAAGCAGUUUGGGGGCUUUAUUUGCCAAGAUAGGUUCUUCUUUUUGUCAGCUUAGUCCCUGUCUUAAAUUUCAGUCUCGCCAGGACAUGCCCUCAGAGGAUGUGGUGUCUUUGCAAGUUUCUCUCAUUAACUUGGCUAUGAAAUGCUACCCGGACCGUGUUGACUAUGUUGAUAAGGUGUUGGAGACAACCGUGGAAAUAUUCAAUAAACUUAAUCUGGAACAUAUUGCAACCAGCAGUGCUGUUUCGAAGGAGCUGACUAGACUUUUGAAAAUCCCUGUUGACACUUACAACAAUAUCCUCACGGUUCUGAAACUAAAACAUUUUCACCCACUCUUUGAAUACUUCGAUUACGAGUCCAGGAAGAGCAUGAGUUGUUAUGUGCUUAGCAAUGUACUGGAUUAUAACACAGAAAUCGUGUCCCAAGAACAGGUUGAUGCUAUCAUGAUGGUAUCCACGCUGAUCCAGGAUCAACCGGAUCAGCCUGCGGAAGAUCCUGACCCCGAGGACUUUGCUGAUGAGCAGAGUCUUGUGGGAAGAUUUAUUCCUUUACGUUCAGAUGACCCCGACCAACAGUAUCUGAUCCUAAACACUGCCCGGAAACACUUCGGUGCAGGUGGGAACCAACGUAUUCGUUUUACACUACCACCACUUGUUUUUGCUGCAUACCAGCUUGCUUUUCGCUACAAAGAGAACUCCAAAGUCGAUGAUAAAUGGGAGAAGAAGUGCCAGAAGAUCUUCUCGUUUGCUCAUCAGACCAUCAGUGCUCUCAUCACUGAACUGGCGGAGCUGCCUCUUCGUCUCUUCCUGCAAGGAGCACUGGCUGCAGGAGAGAUCGGCUUUGAGAACCAUGAAACUGUGGCCUACGAGUUCAUGUCCCAGGCCUUCUCUCUAUAUGAAGAUGAAAUCAGUGAUUCAAAAGCACAGCUGGCUGCUAUCACCUUGAUAAUUGGGACAUUUGAGAGGAUGAAGUGCUUCAGUGAAGAGAACCAUGAGCCUUUGAGGACUCAGUGUGCGCUGGCAGCCUCCAAGCUCCUUAAAAAGCCAGACCAGUGCCGGGCUGUGAGCACGUGUGCCCAUCUGUUUUGGUCUGGCCGAAAUACUGACAAGAAUGGAGAGGAGCUUCACGGAGGAAAGAGAGUGAUGGAAUGCCUGAAGAAGGCUCUGAAGAUAGCAAAUCAGUGCAUGGACCCUUCUCUGCAAGUCCAACUUUUCAUAGAAAUUCUGAACAGAUAUGUGUAUUUUUAUGAAAAGGAAAAUGAGGCGGUGACAAUUCAAGUUUUGAAUCAGCUUAUACAGAAGAUAAGAGAAGAUCUCCCAAACCUUGAGUCUACUGAAGAAACAGAACAGAUUAACAAACACUUUCACAACACACUGGAGCACUUGCGUCUGAGGAGGGAAUCGGAAUCUGAGGGGCCAAUUAUGAAGGUCUUGUUCUUUAGGAAGAUACACACUGUACUUAUUUCUUUUCAUUUCCAUACUGUAUUUUUUUUUAAGAUAGAUUCAUAGGUUGUGCCUUUCAGAAACGUUGAGUUAACAUUCAUGUGUUCAGUCUGGCACUUCAAACACUUCUGUCAAGUACUUUAACAGAUUAGAAAGUUGGACCCAGCAGCUGCAGGUUUCAUCAGUUGGCAUGGCUGAAACAUCCUUUGAAAUCCACGUGAUAUGGUAGGGCUCUUCCGGUCCCGAUUUCUCUUCUGUCUGUUCACUGUUGUUCUG